GAGGCAGGGCGCGGGGCGUGAGGCAGGGGCGAGGGGUGCGCGCGCAGCGGCAGCCCCCGCGCCUCGCCACUCGCCUCCCGUCAGUCGCCCGCCGACUCCGCUUGCGCUUGUGUGACUCGCGCCGCUCUGUGCACUGCACUCGUGCUCCGAACACGACGCGUGCCGCCCCGCUGUGGCCGCGAACCGCGACCUCUACGCUACCGGCGAAACGUUUCUCCUAACUUUCGUGCAAUUUGCUAUGUUUUAACCAACAACUUUUGGACAUACACACUCCCCUACCCAGCUUGUUUACCCCUCAUCAUAGUUGAGUCCCGCACCGCACCGGCUUGCUCGCUGACCGCCGAGCCGCUAAUCUCGCUUUUUCGCGCCUCACCGUCGCCAGCCCAGACCCGCCCCGAUCGCCGCUAUGCUCGCGCACCAAACACCGCUCGCCCUCUGCUAAACUCAACCGUCAACAUCGAUACGAACGCGUGUGAUAAUAAUUUAAUACUCGCCUAAAUAAGCUUGCAACUUCGGUGUCUUUAUUCUAACUUAAUUGUAGGAUUAAUCAUAAUAGUAACGCAUCACAUUGCAACGCAGUCAAAUCGGUCGUUGCGUCACCGCGGCAUUCGCGUUAAAGUACGCGUGUGAAGUAGUCUGUGGUUGUGAGGGUGUGCGGGUGCCGACUAGUGGCUGAAGACAGCGACUAGGAAGUGUAAGGAGUGCAUGCCCAGAGCGCCAGUGCGCGCUCGCCCCUCGCGGCCUAUGCCCCGCAGUCGAUCCACGUAACUGCGUGCGCGACCUCCGCAUCCUACUCAAGUGGCAGCGAUGGCCACCAUGGUGAACAUGAAUAGCCUUCUGAAUGGAAAGGACUCACGUUGGCUGCAGCUCGAAGUGUGCCGCGAGUUCCAACGGAAUAAGUGCUCGCGGCCAGACACCGAGUGCAAGUUCGCGCAUCCCCCAGCGACCGUCGAGGUGCAAAAUGGACGGGUCACCGCCUGUUACGACAGUAUCAAGGGUCGGUGUAACCGAGAGAAACCGCCUUGCAAGUACUUCCACCCGCCCCAGCAUCUAAAGGACCAGCUGCUGAUCAACGGCCGAAACCACUUAGCUUUGAAGAACGCCCUAAUGCAGCAAAUGGGGCUAACGCCGGGCCAGGUGCUGCCUGGCCAGGUCCCCACCGUGGCGACGUCCCCGUACCUGUCGGGCGUGCCGGGCUCGACGUACGCGCAGUACUACGCGCCGCAGCUGAUGCCGGCCGUGCUGGGCCACGACCCGGCCGCCGCCGCCGCCUCGCCGCUCGGCGUCAUGCAGCAGCCCGUGCUUCAGCAGAAGCUGCCUCGCACCGACCGUCUCGAGGUGUGCCGGGAGUUCCAGCGCGGCGCGUGCAAGCGCGCCGAGUCCGAGUGUCGCUUCGCGCACCCGCCGCCGCCCGUGGCCGCGCACGACGACGGCUGUGUCACGGUGUGCAUGGACGCCGUCAAGGGCCGCUGCGUCCGCGACCCCUGCCGCUAUUUCCACCCUCCCCUGCACCUGCAGGCGCACCUUAAGGCGCAGGCGCGCGGCGCGAUGGACAUGAAGAGCGUCGGAUCCUUCUAUUAUGAUAAUUUCGCCUUCCCCGGAGUGGUGCCGUACAAACGACCCGCCGCCGACAAAGCGGGCGUCCCCGUGUACCAGCCGGCGACGACCUACCAGCAACUGAUGCAGCUGCAGCAGCCGUUCGUGCCCGUGUCAUGUGAGUACCCCGCGCCCGUGUCGUCCGCGCCGCGCGCGGGCACGCCGGCCGCGCCCUCGCCCGCGCCGGCGCCACUGCCCGCGCCGCCGCCGCAGCCCGCGCCGCCGCCGCCGCAGCCCGCGCAGCCCGCCACGCCGCCCCAGCCCGCCGCCGACCCCGCGCUCGACCCCGCGCAGGUGGCCAAGGAGGUCGCGCACAAGAACUACGCGGCGGCGCUCGCGCUGGCCGCGCAGCAGUCCGCCAUGGCGCACGCGGCGGCCGCCUACACGCAGCAGGCCUUCAAGGCGCGCGCGGGCAUGCCGGCGGGCCUGAUGCGCGCGCCCUUCAUGAUGCCGCGCGGCUGGCCCGCGCCGCCGAUGCCGAUGCCGGCCUACUACCAGCAGCCGUACAUGUACGCGAUGCCGCCGCCCACGCCCCCGGCGGCGGCGGCGGCGGCGGCGGCGGCGGCCGCGGUCAAUCCCUACAAAAAGAUGAAAACGACAUAAGCGGGGCUCGGCGGGCUCCCGCGGCGGAGGGCGCGGGGCGCGGGGUCUCCGCGUAGAGACUCGUAUGUGUGGCCGAGUGUGAGCCCCGGCCUGUCGGGGCGGUUAGCGCUAGGCGUGUUGUCACAUUUGUAUUGUAUUAUUGUAAGGACGAGGCGAGAGGAUUCGCCCUCGCCGAAGUCUCCGUAGUGUAACGCUAUAUCUAUUCUAUUGUGUAUUCUACUCACUUACCGUUAUUAUCUUAUGCGUGUAUAUUUCUCGUAUCUACGAUCCCGGUAAUAAUAACGCUUGAAUGCAUGAC